AUGGCCGUGACGCACCUGAAGACGAAGCCCAUCGCGGGCCAGAAGCCGGGCACGUCGGGCGUCCGCAAGAAGACGGCGGUCUUCAUGGAGGGCCUCUACCUCCACAACUUCGUCCAGGCGACGCUCGACGCCGUCAAGGCCUGCGGCAGCGACCUCACGUCCCAGACGCUCCUCGUCGGCGGCGACGGCCGCUACUACAACGACGUCGCGAUCCAGACCAUCGUCAAGAUCGCCGUGGCCAACGGCGUGAAGCGCGUCUGGGUCGCCAAGGACGGCCUCGCGUCGACGCCCGCCGUCUCCGCGCUGAUCCGCGAGGGCGGGCCCAUGUGGAAAAAAGUCUUCGGCGCCUUCAUCCUCACGGCGUCCCACAACCCGGGCGGCCCGACGGAGGACUUCGGCAUCAAGUACAACUGCGAAAACGGCGGCCCCGCGCCCGAGAAGCUCACGGAUUUGAUCUACGCGAACACGUGCUCCAUCUCCACGGUCAAGAUCGCCGAGGGCGUGCCGGCCAUCGACGUGUCGAAGCUCGGCGAGACCGUCGUCGAGGCGCGCGACGGCUCGUGCCGCGCGUGCGUGGAAGUCGUCGACGGCGUCUCGGCGCACCUCGACCUCCUCAAGACCAUCUUCGACAUGGGCGCCAUCCAGGCCCUGCUCAACCGGCCCGACUUCUCCAUCUGCUUCGACGCCAUGCACGGCGUCACGGGGCCCUACGCGAAGGCGCUCUUCUGCGACCAGCUCGGCGUGCCCGCGUCGGCGCUCAUCAACGCGGUCCCCAAGGACGACUUUGGGGGCCACCACGCGGACCCGAACCUGACCUACGCCGUGGACCUCACGAAGAAGAUGGGCGUCGACAAGACGGGCGCGCCGGUGCCCGGUGGCGACGUGCCCUCGUUCGGGGCCGCGUCCGACGGCGACGGCGACCGCAACAUGAUCCUCGGGUCGCGCUUCUUCGUGACGCCGUCCGAUUCCCUGGCGAUCCUCGCGGCCCACGCCGACGUGAUUCCCUUCGUGGCGAACCAGGGCGGCCUCAAGGCCGUCGCGCGGUCGAUGCCGACGUCGGGCGCCGUCGACCGCGUCGCGGAAGCGCUGAAUUUGGCGCUCUUCGAGACGCCGACGGGCUGGAAGUUCUUCGGCAACUUGAUGGACUCGAAGGCGCUCUUCGGCGGCGUCGACUACACGCCCUUCCUCUGCGGCGAGGAGUCCUUCGGCACGGGGUCCGACCACGUCCGCGAGAAGGACGGGCUCUGGGCGGUCCUCGCGUGGCUCUCCGUGCUCGCGUCCUACAACUCCGACGCCUCGGCGCCGUUGGUGACCGUGGAGACCAUCGUCAAGAAGCACUGGGCGACCUACGGCCGCAACUACUACUGCCGCUACGACUACGAGGGCGUCGACAAGGCCGAAGCCACCAAAAUGAUGGCCAAGAUGACCGCGGACGCCGCCGCGAACACGGGCAAGGUGUGCGGCGCCUACACCAUCGCGACGGCCGACGUCUUCGCCUACGAGGACCCCGUCGACGGCUCCGUGUCCAAGAACCAGGGCGUCCGCUUCCUCAUGGCCGACGGCAGCCGCGUCAUCUUCCGCCUCUCGGGCACCGCGGGCUCCGGCGCGACGGUGCGCCUCUACAUCGAGAAGUACGUGCCCCCGUCCGGCUCCCUCCACGACGUCGUCUCCAACGUCGUCGGCGACCUCGUCGCCAUCGCCCUCGACCUCAGCGACCUCGCCAAAUUCACGGGCCGCGAGUCGCCCACGGUCAUCACCUAG